AUGAAAAACGAAGUUUUCAAAUACUUGAAUCAAGAAGAACGGUAAGAUUCAGAAAAUCGACGAAAAAACGUAUGAGCAUUUUUAACAGAUUUGAACUCGCAAAAUGUUCGCUCGGAUUUCUUAGAGAUGUGUUUUCCCAAGAAAAAAUUCUCGAAAGAUUGUCGAUUGAAAUGGCGAUAACUUAUAAAGGCGAAGUGAUCUAAUUGUCAAUAAACCGUGAUAUUGAAGUCACAUUCCAGCAGAUUGGGGAUAAAUGCGAAGUCGAAUAUCGUGGCCAUUUUUUUGAGGAAAUUGUUGGAGACAGUGUGAAAAUUGCUGACGAGAUUUUCCGGGAAAUUCAUGCAAGAAAAAAUAGAAUAAAAAACUAUGUUAUUACGGCAAGACUUGUACCUUCACUUUUUAUGCAAGGUUAGAGCAUACAGGGUGACCAGAAAUUAUCCGGAUGACAUUUCAGGUGAAGACUCGAAUAACAAAAGCCAUAAUGAUGAAUCUUCGAGUAGUCAGUGAGUUAGUUAUUCCAUUCUUUGAAAUUUACUUUUCAUUCAUUUUAGAGAAUCUCUCAAAAUUAUGACUGGCUGGAAUGAUUUACCAGAUAGAAUCAAGUUUCAAAUUUUUGAGUAUUUGAAUACAGAACAACGGUAAUAUUGAUAUAGAAAAUACAUAGAUUUAAAAAAAACAUUUUUUGCAGAUUGAAAUUCGCUAAAUGUUCUCAUCGGUGUUUUGAAGAAGUGCUACGCGUAGAGAAAAACAUUGAAAGAUUGGAACUCAAUACUGUCGGCACACUUCUUGUCUUAUCAAUAAAUCGUGACUUCAAAGUGACAUUCAAGCAAGUUGGGGAUGUUUGCGAAAUUCAACAUCGUGAUGAAUUCAUAUCGAAGAAAAUCGGAAAAAGUGAAAAUAUCGCUUACGAGAUUUUUGAGAGCAUUUUGUUGAAAUCAGAGAAAAAUAUAAAACAUCUAGAUAUUUCCGGAGUAAUUGUGAGGAUUCUUAAUUCGAAUGCAAUAUCUUGUUUUGCAGGUUGAUAUGAGUAGAGAUGAAGUGAUCAAUAAAUUUCCGGGUCUGAAAGCUUUGGAUGUUUGCAGAGGAACCUUCGAUAAAGUUACUGGCUGGAAUAAUCUACCGAAAGAAACGAAGUGCAAAGUUUUUGAGUACUUGAAUACAGAAGAACGGUAACAUUUCGAAAAUAGAUUUGAAAAAAAAAACAAUUAAUGUUUUCAGAUUGAAAUUCGCAAAAUGUUCGUUUCGCUGUUUCAAAGAAGUUUUUCAAGAAACGAAAAAUAUUAAACGUGUUGCGAUUAGAAGUAGUACAUUUCGCAAAUACAAAACUUUGGAUUUGACAAUAAACCGCGAUUGCGACAUUACAUUCAAGCAGAUUGGAAACAUCUGCGAAAUUGAAUAUUUUCGUGAAUUCAUUGAAGAAACUUUUGGGAACAUUGAGAAUAUUGCUUACGAGAUUCUCGAAAACAUUUUGGUCAAUUCGAAAGAUAAUCUAGAGGAUUUAAAUAUUUGCAGUGUAGGAGGCUUUCGUUUUUUCAAAAGAAAUAUUAUCAACGUCAAAGUGGCUGGCUGCAAAAUGAGAAAAUAAAUUCAAAAACCCGUUUUCGCGGGGAUACCGUACACACAAGCACGCCCCUCUUUUCGCUGCGAGAUAUCGCAGUUGGGUAAAUCGGUGCGCCUUUAUUUCAAUCGAUUUUUUUUUGUUUUUUACGCAAAACCGGCGUAUAACUUGGAUACGUCGAGUAUUACUAGCUAUUUAUCGAUGAUUUAGACAGCAUACGACAUCCGGAGAAAAAAGGUAAGACUUUUCAGUCGAACUUCCAUUGAAAAAUCAUGAUUUUCAGGAUUUCCGCCAAAAUCAACCGGAUCUUCGCCAAUUUCGCCGAAUAUCAACCGGAUUUCAUCGAUAUGUUCAACAAAAGCUGCAAGAGCAAACUCUUCCAGGUUCAGGUGAGAAUGUUCAUUUGAAUUUUCAUGAAAAUGUGAAAAUUUUCAGGUUUAACAACAACAACCGAAGUUGAAAAGCAUGCCAAUGAACUUCGGCAUGUGUUCGGUGGAAUCCGGUUGAUAUUCGGCGAAAUUGGCGAAGAACCGGUUGAUUUUGGCGGAAAUCCUGAAAAUCAUGAUUUUUCAAUGGAAAUUCGACUGAAAAGUCUUACGUUCUUUCUCCAGAUGUCGUAUGCUGCCUAAAUCAUCGAUAAAUAGCUAGUAAUACUCGACGUAUCCAAGUUAAACGCCGGUUUUGCGUAAAAAACAAAAAAAAUCGAUUGAAAUAAAGGCGCACCGAUUUACCCAACUGCGAUAUCUCGCAGCGAAAAGAGGGGCGUGCUUGUGUGUACGGUAUCCCCGCGAAAACGGGUUUUUGAAUUUAUUUUCUCAUUUUGCAGCCAGCCACUUUGACGUUGAUAAUAGUAGUUUUGCAGGUUGGAUAUAUGAUUCAGAAUAGAUUGAUUAAAAAAUUUCCACGUGUCAAAACAUUGAUUGUGUCUACAAAUAGAAUUGAACAAUUAUAUUCAUUUCUUUCAAAAGCAGAAAAUGUUGACACUUUAUUUGUGGAUAUCGAUGAACCUAAUAGUACUGAAAAUACGGAGCAUAUUCGAUUCCCAGACGACUUUAGAUGGCCGUUCAUAGAAAGAUUACGCUUGAAGUCUUGCAAUGUACAUGUAGCGCUGGAUAUUCUAUAUAAAAUGGAAACAUCAAUAGUACAGAGAUUCAGGGGAAUCACGUUUACCAUAUCCGACCGAAAUUGUAUAGAAGUUGAUCGGAGAAUGAUGAGAAUUCUCAUAAAAGCAAAUUGUUUGCGAACAAAUUUGAGUUUUAAAACCGAGCAGAUUGCGGAGUUAGGCGAAUCAGACAACGAUUUGGAACUGGAUGCUUUUAAAAUAGAUCUAUCAAAUUUUGUCAAUCUGGCUCUGCACUCUAUUAGUUAUCGUGAAUUUUUACGUAUUCGAUUGAAAAACGUUCCUAUUGAUAUUUUGCAAUUCAGUGAUAAGUUGAAUUUUAUUCCCAGAAACAAUUCGAGCAGGGUUCGCUCAAACAAUAAGUAGGUUAUCUUGUUAAUACGAUUCUAUCAAACAAUGUGAUAAUUUCAGCAACAACUCUGAUUCACACUCAAAGUUCAAUCGGAGAAACAACAAAUCUAUUUUCGAAAUUCGACCACAAGUCAACAACGAUUCUAAUUCAACAUUGCACGGUUUUUAUAAUAGUUCAACUAGGAUUCUUGUUUUCAAUUCGAUUUAUUUCUCUGAGUAUGAUAUCGAGAGGGGCUUUAAACUUGAAGCUGAAGAUUUCUAUGACAAUGUUAGAGAUGUUGGAGGAGAUUUGCCUGAGAUUGUACUCGAAGAAUCGGCUGAGGAAUUUUAA